AUGCUUCAAGCGGAACAAGGUAUGCCUGCAGAUGAUGGCGAGGGCUCUGAAACUUCAAUAGAGCCUGAAGAGGAGGAAAUGAGCGAUUGGGAUAGUCUCGAAAUCGACGAUGCCGAGUACACAGACGAGGAUCUAAAAGACUUUGGACGGCCAGGACGACGGCGCCAUGUCGGAGAUCAUGAAUCGACGCUCUUCGGCAACAUGCAGGAGCCAGAGGCGGAGAUGCGUUGA